UAAACAUAGUAGGUAGGUAUUUACAUUUGUGUUUGAGUUUGUUAAACAUACCUAAAAAAUCAUACAACUAUCUAUUUUCAUGUUUAACAAACUGUAAAAAUAAUUCAUCCACACCAAAAUGGCAUUAGCACUUCAAAGGAGAGCAAAUGUACGAUUACCUCCAGAAGUCAACAGAAUCCUAUACAUCAGGAACUUGCCCUACAAAAUAUCCGCUGAAGAAAUGUAUGAUAUCUUCGGCAAAUAUGGCGCAAUAAGACAAAUAAGAGUAGGGAACACUCCAGAAACAAGAGGCACAGCAUUUGUUGUUUAUGAAGAUAUAUUUGAUGCAAAAAAUGCCUGUGACCAUCUAUCUGGUUUUAAUGUUUGUAACAGGUAUCUAGUUGUACUCUACUAUAGAUCCAACAAAGCCUUUAAAGGUAUUGAUAUUGAUAAGAAACAAGAAGAAAUUGAUACAUUGAAAAAGAAAUACGGAAUAUCUAGUGAAGAUCUGCGUAAAUGAUAAACUAUAAAAUAUAAGGUUUUUUUAAGUACAA